UUCAGUCUAAUUUUUAUUAUAUUGAUGUUUAGCCGGAUUAUAUAUAAUCUAUAUGCUGCGUAUAUCGAACAAGCCAGCUUCUAGCUGUCAAAAACAAUAAAUAAAAGGGAAAUACGCAAAGAAUCAAAACAUAAUCUAUUCUUACAUAUUGAAACAUUUCACUGAAUAUUUUACAUUGUUUUGUCUAUAUUUCAAUACAAUAUGUUUAGAAACGUAUUGUUACCGUUACAGCGGACAAAUUUGCAGUUAAUCUCUGUGAGAAAUGCUCAGAAGAAAUAUCCUAAAGUUGAUAAAAAGUUACAAGCGGCAGCAGAGUCCUUAGCAGCUCGGGGUUUCCUGCGACCAAACAAGCCCUGGGAUCCACCAGCAGACAUUGAGAAAACUAUCCUAAAGAUAUGUGCAGAUAAUGGACUGAAUGAAGAGUCUAACUUUGAAGCUCUUGAGUCAAAGUUUAAUGUGCUUAAAGCAUGCUAUGAAGAAACGGGGCACAGUGUGCCAAAUUCACUAUUGCAUACAAUUGAGUCAGUGUAUGACCUGAAAGAGUUCUACAUGACUCCUGUGGACACAAGAACACCAUAUGAUGCUCUCAAACACAUGGACUUGCCCAAGAAUCUGCAUGUGCAGGAAGAUUAUGUCAGGUUUCAUCCUGAUAAAGACACUCUGUUCAAUGGUAAAUCUGCAUACCCUCAGAGUUCCACAAUUGUGACAGGUCUGAAGGCACGCAAGAAGUAUGAGGGGUUCAGUGCGAAAAGAUCAUGGCCCUAAUGUGUAAAUUUGUUGUUAAAUAUAUUAGUUUAGUUCGAUAAUAAUAAAAUAAGUAAACUGAUA